AUACAUAAAUAUUUUCUGUCUUUGUCAGUGUUUACACACGAUCGUGUUUUGCAAAAUGUCCGCAAACCGGACUAUUGUUGUUUAUUGUUGUCUGAGGAAAUAUAAAAAAUGAAAUAUAAUUUUAUCUUAGCACCAAGAUGUUAUAGUACUGUGAUUUUAUACUUAGUUUAAAGAAGUAAGUUACCAUUUGAAACAUGGGUGAGAUAAUUGGUUCAGCAAGUUUCUUGCAUCUGGGCGACAUUGUAUCAUUGUACGCUGAAGGCAGUGUUUGUGGAUUCCUCAGCACUUUAGGGUUGGUAGAUGACAGGUGCGUGGUGUGUCCAGAUGCUGGUGACUUAAAUAACCCACCCAAGAAAUUUAGAGAUUGUUUAUUCAAGAUCUGCCCUAGUAACCGUUACUCCGCCCAGAAGCAGUUCUGGAAAGCAGCUAAGCAAAGUGCUAGCUCCUCCACUGAUGCUGUGCUGCUCAAGAGACUACACCAUGCCGCAGAAAUUGAAAAGAAGCAAAAUGAAAGUGAACAUAAGAAAGUGGUUGGCUCAGUGGUCCAUUAUGGUAGUGUUAUUCAGCUUUUGCAUCUGAAAUCAAAUAAGUAUUUAACUGUAAAUAAAAGACUACCAGCCUUACUUGAAAAAAAUGCCAUGCGAGUUUAUUUGGAUGCAAACGGAAAUGAGGGCUCAUGGUUUUAUAUCUUGCCAUUUUACAAGCUGCGAGCGACUGGUGAUAGUGUUGUUGUUGGAGACAAAGUUAUUAUGAAUCCUGUGAAUGCUGGACAGCAAGUUCUGCACGUAGCCGCUAACUAUGAGUUGCCAGAUAAUUUGGGAUGCAAAGAGGUAAAUGUUGUAAAUUCAGGCACGUCAUGGAAAGUAACUCUUUUUAUGGAACAUCGAGAAAAUCAAGAUGAAAUUCUUAAAGGGGGAGAUGUGGUACGCUUGUUCCAUGCAGAACAAGAAAAAUUUCUUACGAUGGAUGAGUACAAGAAGAAACAGCACGUGUUUCUGCGAACAACGGGCAGAACAUCGGCCACCUCAGCAACCAGCAGCAAAGCACUUUGGGAAAUUGAGGUGGUGCAACAUGAUCCUUGCAGAGGUGGAGCUGGUCAUUGGAAUUCAUUAUUUCGCUUUAAACACUUGGCUACAGGCCAGUACUUAGCUGCUGAAAUUGAUGAUGACGAUUCAAUGGAUCAGAUGCGGUUGAAAUUAAGAGAUCCGCAUGGAGGAGCAGUGUAUCACUUGGUUUCAGUACCACAUUCAAAUGAAAUAGCUUCUCUUUUUGAGCUUGACCCAACAACUUUAACAAGAGGAGACUCUCUUGUUCCACAGUCGUCAUAUGUUCGUUUGCAUCAUUUAUGUACCAACACAUGGGUCCAUAGUACUUCUAUACCUAUUGACAAGGAUGAAGAAAAACCAGUGAUGUCAAAGGUGGGCUGUGCAACCAUAAAAGAAGAUAAGGAAGCUUUUGCUUUAAUAUCAGUAUCGCCAAUGGAAGUGAGAGAUUUGGAUUUUGCAAAUGAUGCUUGCAAAGUUUUGGCAUCAAUAUCAUUGAAACUGGAAAAAGGAACUAUAUCUCAAAAUGAAAGGAGGGCUGUGACCAAUCUCUUGCAGGACAUUAUUUACUUUAUAGCAGGGCAAGAAAAUGAACAAAAUAAGUCAGAAGCAUUAGAACUGAUCGUGACAAAUCCGAACAGAGACAGACAGAAACUUCUUCGAGAACAGUACAUUCUUAAGCAACUCUUCAAAAUUUUGCAAGCCCCGUUUCUUGAGACAGUUGAAGGUGAAGGUCCGUUUUUAAGGAUAGAAGAACUGAAUGAUCCUCGCCAUGCUGCUUACAAAUGUAUAUUUCGACUGUGUUACCGCAUUUUGAGGCUCAGCCAACAAGAUUAUCGGAAGAAUCAAGAAUACAUAGCCAAACAUUUUGGUUUUAUGCAGAAGCAGAUAGGUUACGAUAUCCUGGCAGAAGAUACAAUCACUGCUCUACUUCAUAACAAUAGGAAACUGCUGGAGAAACACAUCACUGCUGAUGAAAUUGGAACUUUUGUUGGCCUUGUUCGAAAGAACUUUGAAUCUCGGUUUUUAGAUUAUUUGUCAGAUCUGUGCAUUUCGAAUAAGAAAGCCAUUCCAGUCACUCAGGAACUGAUUUGUAAAAGUGUUUUAAGUGAAGAAAAUUCUGAUAUACUCAUAGAAACAAGGAUGAUGAAGAUGCAGGUGGAAGUGGAAGACACAGCAGAGUUGGAUGACCAGGAAGAGCCGGUUGUCACGGUGGUAGAUGAAGAAGAAGUCCUGCUCGUGUGGAAUAAUAAAGAGAAAUCUAUGCCUUUGUGUGAACUGUCUCAAAGUGCAAAGGCGAAUGUGCCAGAGAGUCAGGCCAUCUUGGAUUAUUACAGGCAUCAACUGGAUCUUUUCUCAAACAUGUGUCUUAACAGACAGUACCUGGCUCUCAAUCAGCUCUCUCCACAUUUGGAUGUUGACCUCAUUCUCAAGUGCAUGUCGGAUGAAAAUGUGCCAUACGAACUUCGAGCUUCAUUCUGCCGACUGAUGCUUCAUCUACAUGUUGACAGAGAUCCACAAGAACUUGUGACGCCAGUAAAAUAUGCAAGACUAUGGUCUGAGAUUCCUUCUAAGAUGUCUAUUCAAGAUUAUGACAGUAAUAAGACUCCAGACCACAAUAAGGAAGCUGUACGGGCACAGUUCAGUUCAACAAUAAUGUUUGUGGAGGAUUACUUGUGUAAUGUUGUUGCCAAAAUGUGGAGUUUUGCAGACCAAGAGCAAAAUAAACUCACUUUUGAGGUUGUAAAGCUUGCAAGAGAGCUUAUUUAUUUUGGUUUCUACAGCUUCAGUGAUCUUCUUCGCUUAACCAAGACAUUGCUUAGUAUUCUGGAUUGUGUUUCAGAAAGUGAUUUUGUGGAAGGAAAACUUCCUACUGCUGAAAUUGAUUCUGAAGGUGGUGUCUUGCGCUCAAUUGGUGACAUGGGUGCAGUAAUGACAAGUCUUACACUUGGAAACCAAAGUCUUCCAAAAAGUGUGAUCACGUCAUCAAUUCAUAAAAAUUCAACUCAAUUUAAAAAAGAAUAUCCAUUGGUAAUGGAUACUAAACUUAAAAUUAUUGAAAUAUUACAGUUCAUUCUUGAUGUGAGGUUGGAUUACCGAAUAAGUUGUCUACUAUCAAUCUUUAAGAAGGAGUUUGAUGAAACUGAGAAGACAUCAGGGGAAACUUUUUCACUAGGAAAGGGUAUUGAUUUAGAAACAAUUGGUACUCAAGCAGAAGGAAUAUUUGGGAGCAGUGAAGAAUGUGCUGCUCUCGACUUGGACGGCCAAGGUGGACGCACAUUCUUGAGGGUUCUCUUGCACCUCACGAUGCACGACUACCCUCCACUUGUGUCUGGGGCACUUCAGUUGCUGUUCCGUCAUUUCAGUCAAAGGCAGGAAGUUUUACAAGCAUUCAAGCAGGUCCAACUUCUUGUUUCUGACAGUGAUGUUGAGUCAUACAAACAAAUAAAGUCUGAUUUAGAUGUUCUGCGGCAGUCUGUUGAGAAGUCAGAACUCUGGGUUUAUAAGUCUAGAAGUGUUGAAGAGCACGGGAGGAAAAAAACCAAAGACGACGAUGAUAGUGUAGUACACGAAAGAAAAACUAGUUCAAAGAAAGUGGCUCCUGUGCUAAGUUCAACGGAAAAACAAGGUUCUGCAAUUGACUUGGAUAUUGGACCGCCUCUUCAUGGUGAUCAGGCUGAGGAGUACAAGAAGAUACAACAGAUACUGAUUCGCAUGAACAAGCUGUGUGUGCAGACUAGCCCUGGUGCCCCGCCCAAGCCAAGAAAGCACGAACAGAGACUCCUGAGAAAUGUAGGGGUGCACAUUGUGGUUCUUGACCUACUUCAAAUUCCUUAUGACAAAAAAGAAGAUAUUCGCAUGAUUGAACUGAUGCGUUUGGCCCAUGAGUUCUUGCAAAAUUUUUGCUUGGGGAAUCAACAGAAUCAAAUGUUGCUACACAAGCAACUAGAUUUGUUCCUCAAUCCUGGUAUUCUUGAAGCUCAAACAGUUCGUAGCAUUUUUCAAGAUAACUUAACACUUUGCAAUGAAGUUAAUGAGAAAGUUAUUCAACAUUUUGUGCAUUGCAUAGAAACUCAUGGUCGUCAUGUACAGUAUCUAAAAUUCCUUCAAACUCUGGUGAAGGCUGAAAACCAGUUCAUUCGUAGAUGUCAAGAUAUGGUGAUGCAAGAGCUGGUUAAUGGAGGUGAGGAUGUAUUGGUGUUUUACAAUGACAAAGCAUCAUUUAACCACUUCAUAGAAAUGAUGAAAUCUGAAAGACACCGUAUGGAUGAAAGUAGCGCUCUUAGGUAUCAUGUAGAACUUGUGAAGCUAUUAGCAUGUUGUACAAUGGGAAAAAAUGUCUAUACAGAAAUAAAAUGUCAUAGUCUACUUCCUUUAGAUGACAUUGUUGUCAUGGUUUCUCAUCAGGAUUGCAUUCCCGAGGUAAAAGAAGCUUACAUUAACUUCUUGAAUCACUGUUACAUUGAUACUGAAGUAGAAAUGAAAGAGAUUUAUACAUCUCAUCACAUGUGGAAAUUGUUUGAGAAGAGUUUUCUCGUUGAUAUGGCAAUUGUUGCUAAUUCACCAUGUGACAGGAAACAUGCAGACCAUGCUCUUGAAAACUAUAUAAUCAACAGUGUGAUGAACAUCAUAUGUACAUUUUUCAGUAGCCCUUUUUCAGAUCAAAGCACCACUGUACAGGCACGUCAACCAGUAUUUGUACAGCUUCUUCAGGCCGCGUUCCGUAUGUCUCAGUGCACUUGGUUGAAUGCGGCUCAAAGGUUUAGUGUUGAAAAUUGCAUUCGUACCUUAUCUGAUGUUGCAAAGAGUCGAGGCAUUGCCAUACCAAGUGACCUUGAAAGCCAGGUGGCAUCUUUAUUCAACAAAGCUGCGAUACUCUCACGACAAACCAGCAAGUGGUUACAAGCUGCAAAAACACCAAAGAUGGAGCGUUCUCAGUCCCAACUGAUGCGGCUUGAUCGAAGCAUAAUUGAAGGCCUUCAAGACAUAGUUUCUCUCCUUGAAGAUCAACUGCAGCCUCUGGUGCAGUCGGAGCUCUCGCUGUUAGUUGACAUCUUGUAUAGACCGGAACUUCUUUUUCCACCUGGAACAGAUGCAAGAAAACGAUGUGAAAGUGGUGGAUUCAUAAGACGUUUAAUUAAACAUACAGAGAAAUUGUUGGAAGAAAAAGAGGAGCGACUGUGUGUCAAAGUCUUACACACUCUGCGAGAAAUGAUGGCAAUUGAUCCAGAACAUGGCGAGAAGGGGGAUGUUCUCCGCCACACCUUACUCGUGCGUUACUUUGGCAAGAAUUUUGUGUUGAAAAGAGAGACGGUAGAGCUAAGCACAACUUUCCCACCUGCUGUAGUUUCCCAUGGGCCCGGUGCAAAAAUUCUAAGCCGAGCUGGCAGAACACUCUUUGAAGUACAGAAUCAUUUAGAUCGUGAAGGGGCAUCUGACUUGGUUGUAGAAUUGGUCAUAAAAUCAGUUAACUCACCAUCAAUCUUCGUAGAAGCCGUAGAACUUGGGAUUGCUCUACUUGGAGGUGGAAAUCCUAUAAUACAGAAGAGUAUGUAUAAUAAAUUGAUGGGAGGAGACCUUAGUCAAUCUUUUUUUAAGGUAUUUUAUGACAAAAUGCGUGAUUCACAACAAGAAAUCAAAUCAACAGUAACUGUAAAUACAUCUGAUAUUGCUACAAAGGCUCAUGAAGAAAAAGAACAAGGAAAGGAAUUUGAAAAGUUAUCAAAGAAGAAAGGAUUGAAGCCAAAUGGUAUAAUAAUAACUGAAGAACUUCAUGAAGAGUUGAAUCAAGCAGCAUUAGCAACUUCCAAUGCAUAUUCAAUAGCAAGAAGUAUUUCACCAGGGGAGGAGGUGGGCUCCAUCAUCGUGGGCAGUGGGUCGGCGUGGGAGGACAUGCUGGCAGAGAAGCUGGAGCGUCACCGCGAGCACGACGAGCAGAACAAACUGUCCGGGAAAGUCUUGGUGAUGCAGCCCAUACUUCGCUUCUUGCAGCUGCUCUGUGAAAAUCAUAACAGAAAUCUGCAAAAUCUGCUACGCAACCAGAACAACAAAACAAAUUAUAAUUUGGUGUCUGAAACACUAACAUUUCUGGAUUGCAUUUGUGGGUCAACAACAGGAGGUUUAGGACUCCUUGGACUUUACAUCAACGAAAAUAAUGUUGCCUUGAUUAAUCAAACCCUCGAAACUUUGACAGAAUAUUGUCAGGGUCCAUGCCAUGACAAUCAGAACUGUAUAGCUACUCAUGAGUCCAAUGGUUUGGAUAUAAUUACAGCGCUGAUACUCAACGAUAUCAACCCAUUAGGAAAGACUCGUAUGGAUCUCGUGCUAGAACUGAAGAAUAAUGCUUCAAAACUACUGUUAGCCAUCAUGGAAAGUAGAGGUGAUAGUGAAAAUGCAGAGAGAAUUCUUUAUAAUAUGAAUCCCAAACAGUUGGUAGAUGUCGCUUGCCGAGCCUUUCACCAGGAGACACGGGAUGAAGAUGAUGAUGGUGAGGAGUCUUCGACGGAAGGAGAAGAUGGUGCCUCACCUAAGGAUGUUGGACAUAAUAUUUAUAUAUUGUGCCACCAACUUGCUCAACAUAACAAAGAGUUAGCAUCACUGUUGAAACCUUCUGAAAGCAAUAUUGACCCACGAAUUAACCAGGCAUUGGAAUAUUAUGCAUCUCACACUGCACAAAUUGAGAUUGUUAGACAUGAUCGUACGUUGGAGCAAAUUGUUUUUCCUAUACCAGAAAUUUGUGAGUACCUCACCCCUGAUACAAAAGUUAGAGUUUUAAAUACAGCAGAGAAAGAUGACCAAGGUUCAAAAGUGUCAGAUUUUUUUGAAAGAAGUCAAGACAUGUUCAAUGAGAUGAAGUGGCAAAAAAAGCUGCGAGGACAACCUGUUCUCUGCUGGGUUAGCAGUCAUAUGUCGCUUUGGAGUAACAUUCUUUUCAAUUGUGCAGUCCUGAUCAACGUAAUUGUUGCAUUUUUCUACCCAUUUGUGGACUCAGUACCAGAACUCGGUCAGCAUAUAUCGGGAUUGAUUUGGGCAGUGAUUUUGGGGUCGACCGCUAUCAUCGUCACUGUUCCCCAUGAGUCUGGAGUGCGUACAUUGGUUGUUACCUCAAUUCUGAGGAUGAUCUUCUCGUUUGGACCAGAGCCAACUUUGUGGAUCUUGGGGACAAUCACGGUUAUUUUGAAAAUCAUUCAUCUUAUCAGCAUAAUGGGCAAUCAGGGCACGUUCAGCAAGAAUUUCCAGCAGAUGGUUACAGAUGCAGAACUUCUUUACCACUUGGUGUACCUGAUAUUCUGUGUUUUGGGACUCUGCAUGCAUCCAUUUUUCUUCUCUGUGCUGCUCUUUGAUGUAGUCUAUCGUGAAGAAACACUCUUGAAUGUAAUACGAUCAGUAACGAGGAAUGGGCGGUCAAUCAUCUUGACAGCAGUUUUGGCACUUAUUUUGGUUUACAUGUUUUCAAUAAUUGGAUAUAUGUUUUUCAAGGAUGAUUUUCUUGUGGCUGUUGAUGAUGAAGUAAUACCAAUAGAUGGAGAUCACUCACAUGAGCAGCAAUCUUUAGAAGAGACAUGUUCAGCGGAUGAUUGCAAAACAAAGCUGAAUUUAAGUGCCUACACAGUCACAGGACCAGUAGAUAAUCGGGUCACUGUGUCUGGAGAAGUCAAAGAAAGGGCUUGUGACUCCCUUGUGAUGUGUAUUGUUACAACUUUAAAUCAGGGACUUCGAAAUGGCGGAGGGAUCGGUGACAUUCUUCGUGCUCCAAGCAGUAAGGAACCACUUUUUGUUGCGCGAGUUGUUUAUGAUUUGCUAUUCUUCUUCAUUGUUAUUAUUAUUGUUCUCAAUCUCAUCUUUGGUGUUAUAAUUGACACAUUUGCUGACCUUAGAAGUGAGAAGCAGCAAAAAGAGCUUACUUUGAAGGAUAACUGCUUUAUAUGUGGUUUGAACAGAAGUGAAUUUGAUAAUAAGACAGUGAGUUUUGAAGACCAUGUCCAGUGUGAGCACAACAUGUGGCACUACCUGUACUUUAUUGUGCUGGUGAAGGUGAAGGAUCCCACAGAGUUCACAGGCCCAGAGAGCUAUGUGUAUGCCAUGGUUAAUGAUAAGAUCUUGGAAUGGUUCCCCCGCCUGCGAGCCAUGUCCUUGUCAGCAGAAGAAGGUGAAGGUGAACAGAUAGAGUACAGAACACUACAAGCGCAGUUGGAAAGAACUCAAGAUCUGGUUGCAAAUCUUUCCAAGCAACUGAUGGAGCUGAAGGACCAGAUGACUGAACAAAGGAAGCAGAAACAGAGAAUCGGAUUGCUCAAUUCAACAUCAGCAUAUCUUCAUAACUUGCCUGCUCAAUAAUCAAAUCUGCUGACAGCUCUUGCUACUGCAUUUUAAUUUAUUUUUCAUAUAUGUGUGUGAAUUGUUUGUGUUUGUGUCUGUUGAGUCUUUGCUCUCUAAAAUCUCUCUCUGACAAGUCAUGUGAUAAACAACGUACUUAUUUUCACAUGAUGCUUAUUAUGUAGUGAUGAAAUAAUAGAAAGUAGGUUGUAUAUGAAUUUAUUAAUUAUGCAAUUUCUUUAAUGUUUUACUGAAAAUAUAAGAUCAUUUAAGUAUUGCAAUUGUUGACUGUUUGUGUAUAGCUAUAUAUUAAACUGUUUCUUGUAUUUUUUACUCUUGCCUUUAUUUGCAUAUUGUUAUUUUGAAUGCAUUUAUUCAAUAUUGUUAUCAGUGCACAUGCUGUACUUGUUUUUUAUUGUGAUUUAGCAAUAUUUGUUAUAAAUUUAUUCAAAUUAAUUAUUUUUGGAGUCUUAAGUAUGUGAAAGAAUCAUUGUUUCAGAAUUUGUACACAUGUAAUUUGUUGCUGUAUUAAAGUUAAAAAUUGUUUUAA